AUGCAGGCGGUUACUAAAGCUGGAAAUAGACAUGGGAAUGGAAAGGCAGCUAACUGUGUCAUAUUCACCACAGCAAAACGGAGAGUAGCAGAAAGAAAGAGCAGAACAAUUAUGGAGAUGGCUAAAUGCAUGAUGAUUAAGAAGAAGAUGCCUCUAGAAUUUUGGGCCGAGGUAGUAAACACUGCUGUGUAUGUUCAGAACAGAUGUCCAACUAAGGCCUUAGACAAGAAAACUCCAUUUGAAGCUUAUAGUGGUAGAAAUCCAGGAGUUAAGCACUUAAGAGUGUUUGGUUCUUUGUGCUAUGCACAUGUUCCAAAUCAACAAAGGCAGAAGCUCGACUUAGCUAGUACAAGAUGUAUAUUUCUGGGGGAUGUGAUAUUCAAUGAGGCAACUGGUUGGGAUUGGAAUGCACGAAAGGAAUGUGAUAUCUCAAUACCUCUUAAUGAGACACUCAUUGAGAGAGAAGAGGAACCUAGUGAUUCUAGCCUAAGUCAAGAAGAGAUUUCAGAAGAGGGGCAUGUUGAUCCUGACUCAGGAUCACAGGAUGUUGAUCACACACCUCUGAAAUACAAGAGUAUUGCAGAAGUGUAUGCGAGAUGUAACUUGUGUAUUAUUAAGCCUGAGACUUUUGAAGAGGCUAUUAAGGAUGAGGCAUGGCAAAAAGCAAUGGAGAAUGAGAUAGAAAUGAUAAAGAAGAACAAGACUUGGGAGUUGGUUGAUAGACCAACUGAUAAACCAGUAAUUGGUGUCAAAUGGGUUUAUAAAACCAAGCUGAAUUUGGAUGCACCUGUUGCUAGGUUGGAUACCAUUAGAACAUUGGUGGCAUUGGCUGCAAAAAAGGGGUGGAAACUGUUUCAGUUAGAUGUGAAGUCUGCAUUUUUGAAUGGAGUGUUGCAUGAAGAGGUGUAUGUGGAUCAACCUCCUAGUUUUAUAAUUAAGAACAAAGAGGACAAAGUGUAUAGACUCAAGAAGGCAUUAUAUGGACUUAAACAAGCUCCAAGAGCUUGGUAUGAAGAAAUCAAUUCCUACUUCACUAAGGCAGAUGAUAUUAUCUACACUAGAAGCUCAAAAGCCUUGAUGAUGGAGUUCAAAACUGAAAUGAUGAGGCAAUAUGAAAUGACUGAUCUUGGUUUGCUUCACCAUUUCUUGGGGUUAGGAGUGAUACAAACUGAGUAUUACAUUUUCUUGCACCAGAAGAAAUAUGCUAAGACAUUGCUAGACAAAUUUGGCUUCAAGGACUGUAAAGCAGUGGCUACUCCUUUUGCAAUGAAUGGAAAGCUAUCCACAGAAGAUGGAAGUGAACAAGCUGAUGAAGGGGUUUAUAGGCAGAUAGUUGGAAGCUUGUUGUACUUGACUGCAACAAGGCCAGACAUCAUGUUUGCAACAAGUCUUUUGGCUAGAUUUAUGCAUGGACCUACUAGAAAACAUAUGGGAACUGCCAAAAAGGUACUGAGGUACAUUCAAGGCACAUUUGACUAUGGCAUAACAUAUGAGAAAGGAAAAGAAGCAAGGCUCAUUGGCUAUUGUGACAGUGAUUGGUCAGGGAGCGAGGAUGACAUGAGAAGCACCUCUGGAUAUGCAUUAAAUCUUGGAUUAGGUGUGUUUUCCUGGGCUUCAGUCAUGCAAAGUAGUGUAGCUCUGUCUAUUGUAGAGGCAGAUUACGUUAGUGCAGCAGAAGCUACUGUGCAAGCAAUCUGGUUGAGCUUUGUUCUCUCAGGUUUUGGUGAAGAACAGGUGGGUGCUACUACAAUUCUAUGUGAUAAUACCUCUGCUAUUGCCAUAACCAAGAAUCUGGUGCAUCAUCAUAAGACAAGGCAUAUAAACAAAAGGUUUCACUUCAUCCGAGAUGCUUGGCAAAAUGGAGAGAUUGAUUUACUGUAUUGCAAAACUGAAGAGCAGAUUGCAGACAUCUUUACUAAGGCUCUAGCAAGAGAUCGGUUUGAAUACCUGAGAAGAAAGCUUGGACUAAUCUCAGCUAAACACUUAGAAGGGAGUGUUGAAAUAUAA